AUGAACGCGAACCAGAACCAGGCCGCCCUCGAGGCGACGACCGCGGUCGGUAUCGCAGCGGUGGAGAUGCUUGGUCUUGCAGCGGAAAACCUCGGCCUCGAAGUCGAUCGCCACAAACGUCGAGUCGAUCUGUAUGAUGAUUUCCAGCCUGGGCAGCGGAAUGGCCAUGCCGCGCAUCGCCCGCACGCAGGAAAAAGCUUGCAUUUUCGUGAUGAGGCCGCCGAGAGAAGAGACGGUCCCACCACAAAUGGCAAACAUCCAGACAACGCUACUAAACAGCCGGAGCCGGAGCCGGAGCCAGACUACCAAGAACCGCCACAGAUUGAUGAGGAUGCAGAAAUAGAGCGUCGGCGCCGGCGACGGGAGGAGCUGUUGGCCAAAUCCAGCUCCGCCACUCCUCUUCUCCUCCAUGCUGUAGGUGCUGCCACGGAAAAGGUGGCCCGGGGCGCUUCUCCCGCGUCGACUCAGCCAGACACGUCCCAAAAGUCGUCUUUUGAGGGAGAAACACCGCGUACUCCCCGUUCUGACAUCGCCUCCCCACGCUCACCUGGACCGUCGCCCGGAGGAUUCGACAUUCUCAACGACAAGGACCUCAUGAACACGCACAGUCGAGUCCAAGCCGACGGUGAGGACGGCCCGUCCGCUGCCAACUACGACCCUACCGCGGAUAUGCGAGAAGACGAACGCCGAGACGAACUCAGGCACGGCAACAGCAUUUUGCACGGCGGGAGGAUGGCGGAGACGAUUGAAGCCCGGGAAGAUGAGCCCCAGAUUGACGCCACCAAAAACUUGGACAAGGAGGAUGCUGAUGACUUUGACAUGUUUGCUGAAGACAUUGAUGUAGAUAAAUACGCAAGCAAGCAUACCAAAGCCGUCGAGGUUGCAGAUGCAGACGCACAAGUUGCGCAAGCCGAGGUCAAAGGGGGCAUCCUGGAAGGCGACGACAAAGAUGGAUACUACAAGGUCAGGAUCGGGGAGGUUGUCAACGGGCGGUACCAAAUCCAGGCGACGCUGGGACGCGGCAUGUUUUCCGGGGUCGUCCGAGCCGUGGACAUAACCACCAAGCGCGUGGUCGCCAUCAAGAUGAUGCGCAACAACGACGCGCUACGGAAAGGCGGGUACACGGAGAUUGCGAUUCUGCAAAAGCUGAACGACGCGGAUCCGGAAAACCGAAAGCACAUUGUCAAGUUCGAGCGCCACUUUGAGUACCGCGGCCACUUGUGCAUGGCCUUUGAGAAUCUGAGCAUGAAUCUCCGCGAGGUGCUGCGCAAGUUUGGCAACAACGUCGGCAUCAACCUGGGGGCCACGAGGACGUACGCCCACCAGAUAUUCGUGGCUCUGGCGCACAUGCGCAGGUGCAGCAUCGUGCACGCCGACCUCAAGCCCGACAACAUCCUGGUCAACGAGCAGCGAAACGUGCUCAAGAUCUGCGACCUGGGCACGGCGAUUGAUCGGUCGGAUGCGGCGACGGCGCACAACCAGAUUACGCCGUAUCUCGUCAGCCGGUUCUACCGCGCGCCAGAGAUUAUCCUGGGCAUGCCUUACGACUACGGGGUGGACGUGUGGUCGAUAGGAUGCACCCUGUACGAGCUGUACACGGGCAAGAUCUUGUUCACCGGGGACAGCAACAACCAGAUGCUCAAGGCCAUCAUGGAGACUCGCGGGCGGCUGACUCCCAAGCUGUUUCGUCGGGGGCAGCUCGCGGCAGCCCACUUUGACGAGCAGGGCCAGUUUAUCAGCGUGGAGAGGGACAAGGUUUUGGGAAAGACGGCUCUGAGAACACUAGCAGUAGUCAAGCCAACGCGCGAUCUGCGCACGCGGCUGAACGCGGCCUCGACGGGGAUGAACGACGCGGAAGCGAAGCACCUGAACCACUUUAUCGACCUGCUGGAGCAGUGCCUGGCGCUGAAUCCCGACAAGAGGAUCACGCCCAGCGAGGCACUCAAGCAUCCUUUUUUCGCGUCUCGAAGCGCAGCCUCCCACGCACGACGCUGA